AUGUGUCCUUGGGUACACACGGCGCCCUCCAUUUCGUCUUCUUUGGCAGACUACUCUGAGGAAGUAGCACCCGUGGACUUUAAUGAAAAGGCCGGAAGCGAGACGGUGGAGAAGGAUGUCUUUCUCAAAGAAAACGGAGUGCACGGACCCCCCGCGAACGGCAGCAGCGCUACGCCCCGCCGCCAUGGUGGAGUUCUGGAUUCUUCGUCUCUCCGAAGAACGGCGCUGGCGCGAGCUCCAGAGCCGGGGGGGGACACUAGAGACGCCAGGGCGGACGUCAAGACACGAUCAGGAAAAACAAGGAAAUCAGUCCUGGCAAGCUUGGUCGAGACAAAGGAGGAAGAAGCGUCGGAAGUGACGAGAGUGGAAGUGCCGGAGCGCGAUGUGGCGAGAACCUGUCCGUAUGAACAUCCCCUUCGCCUACUCUUCGCUGAUGUGCAAAGGAAAAGAGAACGCCGCCGAGUACGGGCGACACGCCGCCUCGAUCCCAGCGAGAACAUCAUUCUGCGCUGGGACGUCGAGUGUCUUGGCAGUCUUCCGCGAAAACUGGCAGCUCUUGAGGAACACCUGGACCCUGAAGAGCGGGCAUCCGGCGAGAUUCACCUGUUUCGUUCAGAUCGGGAGAAAGCCGUUUCGGCCCGCGUUUUUCCUCAGCAGCCGAUCGAUCUUUCCCCCGUUCAGCCCGUUGUCUUUCGUAAAGGCGUGUUUUACAGCGACCGUGUCACAAAGGCACACGGGCAGGGCGGAGCCAUGGAGGCGCAUGCCGUCACCGGUCGCUCUCUCGCCCUCAGUAUCUUGGCAGGUGCUCUCGGAGUCCGAGUGUCUACCGCGGGGAUGGGGGCGUGCGGAGGAGCCUGCCGCUCGCCCGCAAAGACCGACCGCAAAGAAGAGGGGAAAUGGGAAGCGGAAAGAGAAGGGAAGCAAGCAGGAGACGUCGGAAGUGGGGAGGAGACUCGUGAGGCGUUCGACUGUACAGAGGCGUGUGAAAAAGAACUCGAGCGACGGUUCUGGUCAACCACUAUCGAGACCCUCCACGCGACAUUCUGCCCACUGUUCCACAUCGAUAUUCUGCAAAUCACCAAUCUGUCAGGCGUUAUGGAGCGUCUCGGCAUUCUAAAUGUCUCCUCCCUCCCGGGGUAUCUGGCGAACACACAUGGCCAACGGUUCCCUACACACCGAUCGAAACUAACGGAAGUCGCGAAAUGCAUGAAAAGCGUGUCGCCGGACAGCACGGGCACUCCGCAGCAAGUCGGAGCGAACGUCGAGAGCAUCACCGAGUACCAAAAGCAGUGGCAUCACCUGCGUCAAGUCAGCGACUUCUCGCUCUGGUCUGAUAAGGCCUGGGCGGAGUUGACUCCUCAGUCAGAGAAGAACACCCCAGUAGUCGCGUUGCUCGACACGGGGUGCUCCAAACACGAGGACUACUGGGACGAGACAAGCGCUAACAGCCGAUUGUGGAAAAAUGUUGGCGAAAACUGUUCGAACCAGCGUGAUGACGACGGGAACGGGUACAUCGACGACUGUUGGGGCUGGAAUUUCGCCGAGAAUAACGGCAACGUUUUCGGCGACGACUCCGCGCACGGCACCACCAUGGCCUCUUUGUUGGUAGCCAAGCACAACGAUUCCAAACGCGGAGUCGGCGUCAUGAAGACUGGGAAAAUCAUGUGCCUGAAAACGGGGACGAACAGCCAAGUGUACGCCAGUGCGGUCAUUGCUGCUCUCCAGUACGCCAUCAACAACGGUGCAAAAAUCAGCGUGUGCGCUUUCACGUUUUCUAAGCUGUACCCUGCGGCUUUCCAAGCGCCUAAUCUUCUGGUCGUGGGAUCCAGCAAACUCACGGGAGGCCCAUGUUGUUCCAGCAACUGGGGAAAAAAGUCCGUGCAUGUUUUUGCGCCAGGAAAUCGUCUCUGGACGGGAACAAAUGUGGACCACGACGCGCAAACGACCGCUUGCAAGACGUGCGCUGCAUUCGCGUACGGGACUUCAGGAGCCGCCGCUCUCACCGGUGGAGUCGCAGCCAUGGUUUGGGCGUAUCUCCAAACCACGAAACCUGUAGGGUGGACCUCGUCAGAGGCCCCAGAAAGCAUUCGCGUGAAGCACGCCCUUGUUUACGGGUCUACACCUUCGUAUCGGCUGGCCGGCGCCUGCGAGGCCAACGGCAUUGUGAACAUGUACAGCGCAAUGCACUACUUCGACACAGUUCCCCUCCCUUUUGAGCCUGUUUACCAAGACUAUCCGUCGAUUUUCCAGUUCAACGUCCCUCCCCUUCUUGGAGCUUCACCACUCUCCAUGCACUUGUCUCGAACACUCGUUCUGUGCUCCGUCGGACCUUCUGUUCUCGCCCUCUUCGGGGCGCCUCUAUUCUUCGCGUGA